CAUAUUGCCUAUCCCUAUUAUGUACAAUACAAUAUAUACACUGCCAAACACUUUUGUUUGCUCAUUUGCACAUAAGUCCAAAGUUGGAUUUAAAUAUCCCCAACCCAAUGGACGUCCCUUUCUUCAAUCAGUACUUUAAGAAGUCUAUUAACAGUCGUAAUUAGUUAUAAACUAGCCACAAGUGUGUGUUGUAUUGUCCUUCUGUUGCGAUCAGCUCAUUUCUGUGUAUACAGUAACACAAACCCCCCACUAGCUCUUAAGAUUCAGCCUGGCUAUGAGAACGACAGCUCUUGUCUUGCACUGCAGAUAUAAUUAUAUCGUUAAACACAUGUGCAGCUAUUUUUGACACAUGUUUAUAUUUGGUUCUGACUUCGAAAGGUGUUAGGUUUCCGACUGACUGGAUGUCUGGAAGCAGUGAAUAAGGAAUUUGCCAAGUGACAUACUCAAAGGCUAAAUGAUACAAUGUGGAUAAAAAAAAAUGCAUCAGGAAGUGAGACCCUAAAAGAAAACACAAGCUGUAAAGAGAGGGGGAGAGCAAAAAAAAAAAGAAAAAAAGAAAAAAGAAGAGAGGAGUGGGAGCUGUACUGUGGACUAGCCAGUGACUGGAGUUGCUGAGUGAAGCUCCACCUCCUCCCCCCUCCCGUCUUGUGUCUCUCUGUUUCUACCUCGUGCUCUCAGCCAGUGGUGCUGUCUGAUCAUUUGACCAGGCGCUGAGCAGAAGAGCACAGAGGGACGAUUGCUGCACAUGGAGGGGAGAGAGAAACAGAAAGAGAGCUGAGCUUUUCGCCUAAUCUUGACUCUUUCACUUAUAAACUGUGACUACUUAAACUUAAACCUAAACCUAAACCUGGUUUCUGGACUGAUUUUUUUUUAAUCCCCCCUCAUUGUUAUCUGCCAAGGUUCUUCGGUUACCUCUUUGGGAUUAACUCUCCAGGGCAGGAGUGCGUGUAUCUGGGGGAGAGAGCGCGGGUGCCAUGGGUCAUGCUGGUUCCUGGUAGACCGGCUGCCUCUGAUUGGGAUACAACAUGAAGGGCGCCCAUCAUCACCGGGGCUGCGCCUGCCAACACUUGUUCCGAAAAGUCCUGGCAAAGUGCGGCUGCUGUUAUGCCAGGGUCAGAGAUUCGUACUCUGCAGCGGGUAGUGAGGGCAGUAUCUCCACGUCGGUGGCCUCUUUACCUCCCCAGGCAUCAGGCAGCUCUGCCCCAAACUCGCCUGGCUCACGUCGCUCUGUCAGUACACUGAAGAAGUGGCUGACCAACCCGGUGCGAAAGUUGAGCGUCGGGUCAGUCGGAGGGAUCAAGGGGGAGAGAGCGACGCGCAAAGUGGAGGGCAAAGGCCCUCCUCCACCUAGCAGGAGCAACCCUGAGCUGGGCAAUAGCAGGGCACCGGAGGACCGUGUCACCAUCUUCACCAACACAGACAAAGACCUGGAAUGGAGGGAUGGUCUGUCUGCCUCUGAAGAUGUCUCAGAAAGCCCACAAUCCCACAGGCACCAGUGUGAUUUUCUUCAGGGGUCCACCUCAAUGGACCCAACUCAGAAUCCCCAACCCAGUAACCUGCAGCUAGAAGGCAAUGGCUCUGUGCUGAUGGAUGACACUUCCAGCCAAUCAUCAGUCACUGUGGACAGUGAAGAGGAACGGAGGAGUGCAUUAGAGAAAAGCAUGUAUGUCCUCGAAGAGUUGAUUGAGACUGAGAAACUGUAUGUAGCUGACCUAGGACUCAUAGUAGACGGCUACAUGGCCACUAUAAACACUAAAGGCGUACCAGAAGACAUGAAGGGUAAAGAUAAAAUAGUGUUUGGCAACAUACACCAGAUCUACGACUGGCAUAAAGAUUAUUUCAUGGGUGAGCUGGAGAAAUGUGUGGAAGAGCCUGAGAGACUGGCACAGCUCUUCAUCAAACAUGAAAGGCGUCUUCACAUGUAUGUGGUAUACUGCCAGAACAAACCCAAGUCAGAGCACAUCGUGUCAGAAUACAUCGACACCUAUUUUGAAGAGCUUAAACAGCAGCUUGGUCACAGGUUACAGUUGAACGAUCUCCUUAUCAAACCUGUGCAGAGAAUCAUGAAAUACCAGCUGCUAUUGAAGGAUUUCCUGAAGUAUUACACCAAGGCUGGAAUGGACACAGAGGAUUUGGAGAAAGCAGUGGAGGUGAUGUGCUUUGUUCCUAAGCGCUGUAAUGACAUGAUGAACGUAGGACGGCUGCAGGGAUUUGAGGGGAAAAUCACAGCGCAAGGAAAGCUGCUUCAACAAGACACUUUUACUGUCACAGAACAGGACAGUAGCUUACUGUCCAGGCCUAAGGAGAGGCGAGUCUUCUUGUUCGAGCAGAUCGUCAUUUUUAGUGAGCCGAUUGAUCGGAAGAAAGGAUUCUCAAUUCCUGGAUACAUAUUUAAGAACAGCAUCAAGAUGAGUUGCCUGGGUGUGGAGGCGUGUGUAGACGGUGACCCGACCCGCUUUGCGCUGACAUCCCGUGGUGCUGACGGCAACACUGUGCGAUUCGUUCUGCAAUCUUCCUCAGUGGACAUCAGCAGGUCCUGGGUGAGCGACGUGAACCAGAUCUUGGAGACACAACGCAAUUUCCUCAACGCCCUGCAGUCACCCAUCGAGUACCAGCGAAGGGAGAGUAAGAGUAACAGUCUGGGUCGCACCAUGAGACCUCCAGUGUGUGCAACAUCUGGGCUGAGGCCUCACUCUUCAGCCUCCAUGGACAGACAGAGAGCACCCUGCCUGCGUGCCUACAACACGUCCCUACCCUCCCUCUACCUAUCCAGCCCGGGGCCUGGUGAUGCAUCCGCACAGCUAGAGUUAACACAGCGAUGCAAGCUGGAGUCCCGGCUGGAGGCCGAAACAGUUUCCCCAACCCAAGUUCAGCUGGCGUUCACUGAGGAGCCCUGUUUCUCGCAUGCUGUCCACUCCUGCCAGACAGUGUCCAACGGCGUCUAUCCCGCCAACACACAAGGCUCAAAGGUGCACAUUCACAUAUGUUCACAACAUGGCUGUAAGACAAGGGUGACCAAUCAUAUCCACAAAAGGGCUGACGUGGCUGCAGAUUUCCAUUCCAACCAAACAGGAGCCACACCUGAUUAUUCUUCCAGUUUACUCAGUUCAUCUUGACCUGUUUGCUCGGAUUGGAACCAGCAGUCACACUGGAUAUUCACAGCGAGGUCUGGACAUGUCCUGUCUGAAAAGAAGCUUCAGCACUCCCCCUUCUGGAAGCCAGAGGAAGCACAACAGGAUGGGUUUUUAGAGAUCUUUAGAUCUUAUUUUAUUAAAUGUUUAAUUUAAAUGUAAUAACAUUAUAAUAUCUAUAUAGCACCUCAUGACUUUCAAUUUCAUCAAAUUUAAAGCUCUCCAAUUUAUGGAAAUUUUGAUUGGUGAGAAGGUGUUGAUUCAUUUUCUAUAACAGCAGCUCUGAUUGUAGUAAUGAUCUCAAGGUUUAUAUUAAUGCCCUCGCUCUAAUCUGUAAUCAUUUCUAUAAUAACAGCUUACAGGGACUUGUAUGGCAGUCACUCCAUGUAAACAGAUUUUUACAAAUUUAUGAAAUCUUUGGUGAAGCUUUUUUUGGAAGGAGUCUCCAGUGUUAAAGUCAAGAAGACAGCAAGAAGAAAUUUAGAAGGAGAACGGGAAGGGAGAUCCUUAUCGUCAGCCUGAUUGUUCUCGUCCCAUACUGUUGCUGGAGUUAAAUGGUGUUUUGAUGGCGAGUGGUGAAUAAUGAAAACAUGCUUCGUGAUGAAUUAACUUUUUGGGAACGCUCCAUUCUGGAAGGAAUAUGUGGUAAUUUAGUUUCUCUCUGUUUAUGUGAAACAACCAGUACUUUCCCUUAUUUUCUUUGGUAACUUCUGUGGGGACUAAAACAGUCAGUCACAGGCACUUACCAUAGAAAAUAACUGACAUCAACUUCAUGCACUUUUCUGGUGCUGCUGUAUGUUGAAAGGAGUUUCGAGGAUUUUUCUUCCUUUGAGAACCGCAGCAGUAGUGGUGAGGAAAAUUGAUUCAUAGUCAUCAGUGUGUCUAAUCAAAACUACAAAUGCUGGUUUGUAAUGAGAGGCAGCAGGAAGAGCAUGGGUGUGUCUGGACGUAUAUAUGUACUGAGAAGCAGAACAAAGCUACAUUUUGGAUCGGUAUUGCAGAUAUCCCUUUAUUCUCACAUUUCAGUACUGUUUUCUUGAAACUCUGCGUAGUGCUGUGAUUCACUGACUCAUUCACAGAGACUUAGUCUCAGUUAUAGCCCUAAUAAAGGAACAGCUCUGUCAGCCAAAGCUCCAAAUAUAACAUGCUUAGGCCUUAGCUGCAAAUUGCUCUGCUAUGUUUGGCACAGGUGUUGAGCCUUUUUAAUCCCAGAUGUUAUUAAUAAAGGUCUUUUGGAAAUGCUGUAGGAAUGUUUCUGAAGCAGAAGUGAAGAAGCCGUUUGGUGUAAUAGAUAUUUUCCCUUUCAAAUCCAGCAGGCAGGAGAGAGCGGUUCCAGAGCACCACUGUGGGAGGCGGGACCGUCAGCUCCUGGCCCCUCCUCCAGCCUGCAGCACUCCAAUCACCUGGCCCAGCUGGAUGAAGAUGAACUUUGAGCUGCCCUUGAACUCUGACCCUGGCUGCCUUCGGAGCCUGUCACAUACAACCUGGAUGCGUCCACUAUAUGACCAGGACGAUUUAAUCUUGUCCUGUCCUUUACUCGCACUCUGACGUGAAUGACCAAGUGACGUUUUUAUUUCGGCUUUCUUUCUUCCUCCUUGCUUUCUGUUGAAAAAUUAAAUAACCAUUCCUGCAUCGGGAGGUCACUGGAGCUGAAUGAACUUUUCAUGUGUGUGAAUGAGCGUGUAAGAGUGUGUAGGUGUGAAUGGGCAGUAGAAACCGCUUCAGUGUUGUAAAAACAUGUCGAGUAUUUUCCCUCAACAAUGUGCUCUGCAGUUCAGGAUACUAAUGGCUAGCAUUACAGAGCCUACAUGGGGCUCUAGGCCUGUUUACAAAGGCACUGUUUUUUAUUUCCGGGCCUGCUGGGAUAUAUAAAUUCUCCAGAAGGAGCCAAUUAGAAACAGACUGAUAAUGCAGUAUAUAUAUUUGUAUAUACCGUACAUUAAAGAGCGACUCUGUGCAUGAAGACGCAUAGGCUUUAGUGCCUCUUCACUGAAUAUGGACAUGUCCAGUGCUGUGUUUCUGAAUUCUGUUUGAACGCACAGUGCUGUUUGAUCUGAGUGUGAGGAGAGCAUAUACAGUGCUCCCCUAGAGACCCUCAGCUGCCAUGAUGUAAGGCUAGAGGUCACACACUCCUCCAUGCAGCUGCACAGCUGCAGCUACUGGUCAACACAUCAAGCCAUGGACAGUUGGUGAAAAAUGCGACUGUUUCAGCAUGCAUCUGUUACAUUUUGGCAGAGAAGCAUGCAUGCACUCAGUGUGCUCUAGGAUUUAACAGACUUUUUCGAAAGGAAAAUGCUGUUUAUUAUAACAAUAGACAACAGAGCGAGAAGCCUUACAGUAUGACAAUCUUUAUGUGUAAUUGCUGAAUCCUGUUUAAGCGGCUCCCAUCACAAUGCUUGACUCCAAGCUUACUGUUUACUCCCUGAAUAAAUGAGAGAGAAUCAAAGACAGCAUAUCAGAAACACGAUGAGAAUCAGAUGCUUUAAAGAAAAGCUCCUUUGAAGGUGCAUCACUAAGUGCCAAAAGGAGUUACUAAAGCCCUUAAACUUAAUGACUGCAAACAAAAUCGUUCCCGUUUUUAAGGAAAUCAGAUUGUCCUUUGUACCUGUAAAAAGUGCAUUCAUUUGCAUGUUAUAAAAUGCUCACACUGCCAAAAUACAGUCCCUCCGAAAGCUUUGGAACAGCAAGGCCAAUUUGAUUGUUUUUACUAUACAUUGAAGACAUUUAGGCUUAGGAUUAUGAGACGGCAGAUCAGAAUUUCAGCUUUCAUUUCUUCAUAUUUACAUCUAGAUGUGUUAAACAACUUUGAACAUAUAAUGAUAAUGAGACUUUAUUGGUCACAGCACAGUAAAAUUCAAUGAAUAUGGAAUCUGACCCCAACUUCCUAGCAUGCUGGGUUAGGGUCAGCCAUGAUACGGCACCCCUGGAGCAGAAAGGGUUAAAGGCCUUGCUCAAGGGCCCAAUAGUGGCAGCUUGGCAGUGCCAUGGCUUGAACCCUCGACCUUCCGAUCAGAAACCCAGAGCCUUAACGGCCCACAUGGCACCUUUUGUUUGAACCAUCCCAUUUUUUCAAGUGAUCAAAAAUACUGGAACAUAUGGCUGAUGGGUGUUUUUGUUUCUUCCAAGGUGUGCCCUGUUAAAUUGACUGUUUAAAGAAUUAAUAGCUCUGAGUGGCUGUUCUUGAUUUGAGCCCUAGAUUUUUCCUGUAGAGACUGUGUUUGUUGUUAAAAAGGAUAAACCAACAUGAAGACCAGAGAGCUGUCUAUGGGAGAAAAGCAAGCCAUUUUGAAGCUGAGAAAAGAGGGAAAAUCUAUCAGAGCCAUUGCAAAAGCAUUGGCCAUAGCCAAUACAACAAUUUGGAAUGUCCUGAAAAAGAAACCACCCACUGGUGGACUAACAACCACACAUGGAACAGGCUGGCCAAAGAAAACAACAGUAACAGAUAACAAAAUCAUUGUGAGAGCUUUGAAGAAAAACCCAAAAACAACAGUUAGUGACAUUGCCAAUAACCUUCACGGUACAAAGGAUAAGGUAUCACAAUCCACCACUCGAAGAACUCUUCUAGAGCAGAAAUAUAGAGUCCAUACCACAAGAUGCAAACCACUCAUGAGCAGUAAGACUCAGAAGGCCAGAUUGGAAUUUGCAAAGAAAUAUAGAGAUGAGCUACAAAGAUCUGAAACCAAGAAUAACCUCUAUGAAAGUGAUGGAAAGGCCAAAGUGUGGAGAAAGAAAGGAUCUUCUCAUGAUCCAAAACAUAGAGGCUCACCUGUGAAAGAUGUGGUGGUAGUGUCAUGGCUUGGGCUUGCAUGGCUGCUUCUAGAACAGACUCGCUAAUGUUCAUUGAUGAUGGAACUCAUGAUGGUAGCAGCAGAAUAAAUUUAGAAGUCCACAGAAACAAUCUGCCUUCCAAUUUACAGAGAAAUGCAUCCAAUCUAAUUGGGAGGAACUUCAUCAGCAAGACAAUGAUCCAAAAAGCACUGUCAACACAACUAAGGACUUCAUCAGGGGGAAAAAGUGGAAGGUUAUAGACUUGCCAAGUCAAUCACCAGAGCUUAACCCAAUUAAGCAGCAUUAUAUCUCCUGAAGAGGAGACUGAACCCCCUUGAAACAAACAACAACUGAAAGUAGCUGCAGUAAAAGGCUGGAAAAGCAUCACAAAUGAAAAAUGCAACAGUUUGGUGAUGUCAGUUGGUCACCGGCUUGAUAUAGUUAAUGUAAGCAAGUCAUAUGCAACCAAAUAUUAAGUGUUAUUUACCUUAAUUUACUUUUGGGUGGUCUGCCACCAAAGGUGCCAUGCAUUAAGCUGUUUAACACAUUUAGAUGCAAAUAUGAGGAAAUUAAAGCUGAAAUUCUGAUAUAUCAUCUCAUAUUCAUCUUUGAUCUCAAACCCAAAUGUCUUCAAUACAACAACAGAAUUGGCCUUGCUGUUCCAAUACUUUUGGAGAGGACUGUAUCUUCAUGAGUGAAAACCUCUUGAAUAUAAGUGAACUGAUCUAAUAUUUCCCACUAUUAGAUUAUUUGAAAAUGAGUAUGAUAUUAUUAAACUUAUUUCCCUUUAAACAAUAUGAAAUGUGAAAUUCUCUUGCUCCUUUGGCAGAAAUAAAAUAAGAAAGAAAAAUGCUAAUUAAAUAUUAUAUAAAUGAAUUUAUAUUCAGAAUUUUACUUACCAAUAUAUUUUUUUCUUUCUUGCAGUGCACUCUGUGAAUUUCUUUCUUUUUUUUUUUUUUUAUUCUGACAGAAUACACUUUAGCAUCCAGCAAGCACACAGGUGAACCAGUAGAGGCCACCAGUAAGCUUCUGAAAACACACAAAGGAUAGCAUUUGCAAACCACCUGCUUUACUGAACUAUGCACCUUUUGAUUAAUUUGAGUCACCUCUGUUUUAUGCAGAGUGGCAUCCAGAAAAAAAAUGUGCCGGCUCAAAUCUACACUGCAGUAGGAGAAAUAAUAUGAAAUCCAUGUGACAGUAUGAAUGAAUUAAUUAAAUUUUACUUUAUUACUAUUGGGUUUUUUUUUUUUACCUUGAUAUAUUACCUACACACCUAUUUGUUGUUCACUUGCAUAUAAUAACCAAACCAAAUAAUUUACAACCCAGUUUAAUUGCUAAUAACCCAUGCCCAAUUAACCAAACCGCCUGUGACUUGCUGCACUUUACACAUUAGGUAUGAAAAUUGGAUAAAAUUGAAUAAAAUUUUUUUGUUUAUGCUUGUGAAUUGAUUUGCUCUGUUUUCUUAAAAAAUGUCAAUCUGAAAGAAAUGAUUCGAUGAUCCAUGUAGGAUUGAGGUACCCAUAAAAUCAUCGUAACUUUUACAGAAUGUCUUUUUGAUAUUACGUAUGCUUUAGGAAGACUUGGCCAUAAUGCAGUGUUGCACCAAAUGCCAGAUAUUUUCAUUCUGGCACAUUUGAAAGGCUAAUCCUCAAGUACUGUUACAAGUGAAUGUCCACAUCCUCUUGUCUCUUGUCUAGAUAAUAUAGCCCUGUAUUGAGAACGGCCUCUCCUCUGUUGCCUUUGCACAAAUCUAGACUUUUGCAUGCUUUGUUGCAGAUGUUUUAGCAAGUGAAAACAGAAAAGACAGACUAGAUAGACUAAAUGUCUAUGUGACAGAUCUUGUUGUUGUAUCAUAUGAAAUAAACUGUCUUUUUGGAAAA